UGUGAAGUUAGCUAUUAGAAGUUGGCAAUCGCAGCAAAGAAAUAAAAAGUAACCAUUUUUCAUAUAAUAAGACUGUUUACUAUUAAGGAAAUCGUUAUUUUCAUUUUUUAUAAUUAUUAUUUUAUGUUAUGAAAUAUCUAUGAAUUAUAUUUAAUGCUAUUUAUUAGUCAACAAGAAGACUAGUGUUUUUAUUACAGGUCAUAAAGUUAUAUCUACUAUAUUUAUGAUUCAUCAAAUAAUGUAAAAUAACCUCGAUAUGAAAUUUGACAUUUGACGACAUAUUUAAUGUCAAAAUAAUAAAUCAAUCACUUUUUACAGAAGAAAAAGUUAUCAGAAUCAGUUUUAAUUAAUUCUCAAGUUUGACAUUAUUAAUUCAAGAUGAAGAAAAAGGUUUUGUUGAUGGGUAAAAGUGGUUCAGGAAAAACCAGUAUGCGUAGUAUAAUUUUUGCUAAUUAUAUUGCUCGUGAUACUCGUCGUUUGGGAGCAACAAUUGAUGUAGAACAUAGUCAUGUUCGAUUUCUUGGUAAUUUGGUAUUGAAUCUUUGGGAUUGUGGUGGUCAAGAAGCAUUUAUGGAAAAUUAUUUUGCAUCACAACGUGAUAAUAUAUUUAGAAAUGUAGAAGUUCUGAUCUAUGUUUUUGAUGUAGAAUCCAGAGAAUUAGAUAAAGAUAUGCAUUAUUAUCAGAGUUGCUUAGAAGCAAUAUUACAAAAUAGUCCAGAAGCAAAAAUAUUCUGUUUAGUACAUAAAAUGGAUUUAGUACAAGAGGAUCAAAGAGAUUUGAUAUUUAGAGAAAGAGAAGAAGAUUUGAAAAGACUUAGUUUGCCUCUUGAAUGUACUUGUUUCAGAACUAGUAUAUGGGAUGAAACAUUAUAUAGAGCAUGGUCUUCAAUCGUAUAUAUGUUAAUUCCAAACGUGAAAGAACUUGAACAAAGUUUGAAACAAUUUACAAAUAUUAUUGAUGCUGAUGAAGUACUUUUAUUUGAAAGAGCAACAUUUUUAGUGAUUAGCUAUUGUCAAAGACAACAUCAUAGAGACGUACAUCGAUUUGAAAAAGUAUCUAAUAUAAUAAAACAGUUCAAAUUGAGUUGCAGUAAACUGGCAGCACAGUUUCAGAGUAUGGAAGUUAGAAAUACAAAUUUUGCGGCUUUUAUCGAUGUAUUUACAUCGAAUACAUACGUAAUGGUUAUUAUGUCGGAUCCUGCUAUUCCAUCAGCAGCAACAUUAAUCAAUAUUCGUAAUGCGCGAAAACAUUUCGAAAAACUAGAACGUGCUAGUCAAAGUUCAGCAUUAAGUAGAUAGAAAUCAGCUCGACCCAGGCGCGUUGUCACCCGGGUCCAGGCUGUUAAUCAUUAUUGAAUCUAAGAGUCAUUUUAAAAGAGAAUCAUCAAAAUAAAGGUGAAAAAAAUAAGAAUCUUUUUUCUUUUUAUUAAUUAAAAUAAUUUUGUUAAUGAAUAAAUAAUUUCAACCAUUAUAAUAAAUGUUAUUCUUAAAGAAUAAUAUUCUUUGAUAACAAAUAUUUUAAAAAAUUAUUCAUACUUUAUUUUAUAUAAAAAUUAAUAAAGAAAUACUUAAAAAUUUUGGCACAUAUGUAUAUUAAUAAAUAAAUAUAAAUAAAUAUCUAUUAUAUGCCAUUAUCAUAUUAAGUGAAAUAUAUUGUUAUUCACUUACAAUAAAUAAUCUCUUGGCUCUUAGAUAAAACAUGGUUUUCUAGAUUAAGCAUUUUCCUGGUUUUAUAAUAUUACGUAUAGCGUUCUUAUUUCUGUAUAGCAAAUCUGGCCUGUUAUAAAAACAUAUAUUUUUUUAAAUUAUAUUAUAUGUUUUAAUACAA